GUACUUGUCUUACUUGUCUCCCCUGGACUAGACAACAAAAUGGCGGUGAACGCUACCCGACCGCUAGUAGUUCCAAAGCAUUAUGAUCCUAUGUUUAAAGUUGACGUUUUGCUGCACGAACCAACGGUAGCGUCGAUGUCAACGGGAGCUGGGGAGAUAAAAGUGGAAGUAGCUGCGUUGUGUUCUCAGCUGGAAGUUCUGUGCAGAAAAGAAUUACUAAACCAACCCUCACAUAGGAUUGAUAAUGGGAAGGUCAGCAACUCCUUCAGAAGUAAAGCAAAUCUUAUUAUUGAGCGGAUGCGCCAUGUGCUGGUCAAAGACAGGACAAUUCAUUCUUCAGUGGAGGAAUACUUAGGAAUUACAAAUAUGAGCAAGAUGUUUCCAAGGGCUGUGCAAUACAUCAAAGACUCUAAGAGCUUCUCUCUUGUAUCAAAGCAGACUCACCUGGAUGAGUACAUAGGUGCUAUGUCUCACCUUCAUCAGAUAGCAACAUUAUCACAUCAGAUUAAUGAGGAUAUUAUCAAAUCUCAGCGGCCCAAGUACCUGGCACAUCAACUGGCCUUGUUAUAUCAAUCAAUUUCAAGCCUGAAGAACAUUGAGCCACUGAGUCAGCACAAAAAGAGCAUAGAGGAGAAUUUUAAAGCUAUAAAAUCUGUUCUUAUAAAUGAGGACCAGCCUAACGAUCCUGUUCCAGACGAGCUCAGAAAGUGUGUUUGGGAGCUGACCAAUCAGAUUACAAGGAUUGUUGAGUCGCUGCCAUCCACGCUUACCCAGCAUGCUUUGCUGCCUUCUUGUCUUUUGAUUCAGACAUGAAAGCAAGUGAGCAGGGAAGAAAAGGAGAAGACACUAGGAAGAGAAGGUGAAAUGUAAGAUGGCAAGUCAGUAAGAAAAUGAAAAUGAAAAAUACUGAGAAAACCAAGAAAGAAUGAACAAGAGAGAGAGAAAGUCUGUCUACAUAUCUGAAUGGUUAGCGUGGUGCCAAGAAUAAAAAAAAGUUAGAUUUGUCAAACUUAUUUUCAACAAACUUGUAAGGAAAUAAUUAUCCAGAAAAGGAACUGCAACUUUUUAAAGAAGAGUUCCACAUGAGAUACUUUGAUGUGAAUAUAUGUUUGUGUGUAAAUGGAUUUCUGUUUAUGAUAGAAAUGUUCUAGAUGUAAGCAUUGUAAGUUUGUUAAUGGCUUGCUGGCAUUAUGUUUAUUGAUCCAUGAUAUUAAGAUAAUUGAUUAGUAAGUCAGAGCUAUUUUCUCUUUUGAUGUGCUUGGAUCAUAGGAAGAUUAUAAAUAUACUUUGAUCUCACGUGGACUUUACCUACACCACUUAUGUUGAGAGAGAAUUAUUUCUUACUGAUUUUGGGGGGGUUUACCUAUUUGUGAAAUUGUGCUUUUUUAAAUAAAGAUAUUAGGGUGAAACCUC